AUGGUUCAUGAGACAAGAUAUUUUGCUGGUGGUGAGAUGUCGUUUGAGUCGCUGGGUGUGUCGAAAUGGCUGGUGGAGGCGCUGAAUGUGAUGGCUAUCCAUUCGCCGUCCGCUAUUCAGAGUGCCUGUAUUCCUGCUAUAUUAGACGGACGUGACUGUAUUGGAGGAGCCAAGACUGGUUCGGGUAAGACUAUCGCUUUUGCUGCUCCGAUGUUGACGAAAUGGUCUUUGGAUCCGUUUGGGAUUUGUGGUCUUAUUUUGACACCCACAAGGGAACUGGCUAUUCAGAUCGCUGAACAGUUUGCUGCUCUGGGUGCAAACAUGAACGUGCGAACUGCCGUGAUUGUGGGUGGUGUAGAUAUGGUGAACCAGACUCUCGAGCUUCAAAGAAGACCUCAUUUUGUUAUUGCUACGCCUGGUAGACUGGCAGAUCAUAUUAAAAGUAGUGGUCCUGAAGCCAUGAAUGGAUUGAAAAGAGUUCAAUAUCUUGUUCUCGAUGAAGCUGAUAGAUUGCUGAGUAGCAGUUUUGCAGAGGACUUGGAGGAAUGUAUUAAUAUCCUUCCUCCUCCUGAGAAACGCCAGACAUUACUAUUCACUGCUACUAUCACAGAUGCUGUGAGAUCGCUUCAGGAUGCUCCAGUUAAGCCUGGUAAGAAGCGACCAUUUAUGCAUGAAGUAGUUACUGAUGAUGCAGUGGCUAUUCCCGCUUCUCUGUCACAGUCAUUCCUUUUAGUUCCCUCUUAUGUCAAAGAGGCUUAUUUAUUCAGCAUUCUCACUCAUGAAGAUAACAAAAACAAAUCGGCUAUUGUUUUUGUUAAUAGAACCAAAACGGCAGAACUGUUGCGACGAGUGCUGCAAAGCUUAGAAGUGCGAGCCACCUCUUUACAUUCGCAAAUGCCACAAUCCGAACGAAUCAAUGCUCUUGGUAGAUUCCGAGCUGAAGCUGCACGAGUUCUUGUAGCCACUGAUGUUGCUGGUAGAGGUCUGGAUAUUCCAGUGGUAGAAAUGGUCAUUAACUUUGACAUUCCUGCUGAUGCUGACGACUAUGUUCACCGAGUAGGUCGUACCGCUCGUGCUGGUAGAGCUGGUGAGAGUAUAUCUCUCGUCACAGAACGUGAUGUGAGUCGUAUUGAGAACAUCGAGAAACGAGUCGGCAGUAAAAUGGACAAGUACGAGAAGGUCACCGAUACCCAAGUCAUCGAGACAUCUCUCAAGAAAAUCUCCACUGCCAAGCGUGAAGCUGGCAUGGACAUGGACAAAGAGAACUUUGGAGAACGAAAACGUAUUCAGAAAGAGAAGAAAGCCUCAUUCGUGUCCAAACGCUCGCAACGAAAGCAUAUGUAA